AUGGCGACGCUGAUCCGCAGCAAGCUCUCCAAUGUGGCCACCUCGGUCUCCCACAAGUCCUCGGCCAAAGUCAGCGGCAUGUUCGCCCGCAUGGGCUUCCAGGCGGCCACCGACGAGGAGGCGGUCGGCUUCGUCCACUGCGACGACCUGGACUACGAGCACCGGCAGGGGCUGCAGAUGGACAUCCUGAAGUCCGAGGGCAGCGGCGAGGAGGGCGGCGGAGAGGCGCCCUUGGAAGGGGACACCCACUACCAGCGCGACGGCACCGGGCCCCUCCCGCCCUCCGGCUCCAAGGAGCAAGGCCUCUCCCCCGAGCAGGACAGGCCCCGCAUCACCGCCUGGGAGGCCGGCUGGAACGUCACCAACGCCAUCCAGGGGAUGUUUGUCCUCGGUCUGCCCUAUGCUAUUCUUCAUGGUGGAUACCUAGGACUCUUUUUAAUUAUUUUCGCAGCAGUAGUUUGCUGCUACACUGGGAAAAUCCUUAUUGCCUGUCUCUAUGAAGAGAACGAAGAUGGGGAGACAGUCAGGGUGAGAGACUCCUAUGUGGACAUUGCUAACGCUUGCUGUGCUCCCAGGUUUCCCGCCCUUGGGGGCAGGAUUGUGAAUGUGGCUCAGAUCAUAGAGUUGGUCAUGACCUGCAUCCUCUACGUGGUGGUCAGCGGCAACCUGAUGUACAAUAGCUUCCCCAAUUUGCCUGUCUCCCAGAAAUCAUGGUCCAUCAUUGCCACAGCAGUGCUCCUGCCUUGUGCUUUCUUGAAGAACCUCAAGGCUGUCUCCAAGUUCAGCUUGCUCUGCACCUUGGCCCAUUUUGUGAUCAACAUUUUAGUGAUUGCCUACUGCCUCUCUAGGGCACGUGACUGGGCGUGGGAUAAAGUCAAGUUUUACAUUGACGUCAAGAAGUUCCCCAUCUCCAUUGGCAUCAUUGUCUUCAGUUACACCUCUCAGAUCUUUCUGCCUUCCUUGGAAGGGAACAUGCAGAACCCCAAGGAAUUCCACUGCAUGAUGAACUGGACUCACAUAGCCGCUUGCAUCCUGAAGGGACUCUUUGCCUUGGUAGCCUAUCUGACUUGGGCUGACGACACAAAAGAAGUCAUCACAGACAACUUACCAUCAACCAUUAGGGCUGUUGUUAACAUUUUCCUGGUGUCCAAAGCCUUGUUGUCCUACCCAUUGCCCUUCUUUGCAGCUGUGGAGGUCCUGGAGAGAUCUCUCUUCCAAGAUGGAACCAGGGCCUUCUUCCCCAAUUGCUAUGCAGGGGAUGGAAGGCUCAAAUCCUGGGGGCUGACCCUUAGGUGUGCAUUGGUGGUUUUCACCCUGUUGAUGGCCAUUUAUGUCCCACAUUUUGCUCUCCUGAUGGGGCUCACAGGGAGCCUCACAGGGGCCGGCCUCUGUUUCCUCCUUCCCAGCCUCUUCCAUCUCAAGCUUUUGUGGAGAAAGCUCUUGUGGCACCAUGUCUUCUUUGAUGUGGCCAUUUUUGUAAUAGGUGGUAUAUGCAGUGUGUCUGGGUUCAUUCACUCUUUAGAAGGCCUCAUCGAGGCUUUUAGAUACAAUACAGAAGACUGAAGUCUGGACAGAGCCAGUUUUAUUCAGAAGUGGAGGAGAGAGAAAGAGAAAUCACACAGAACAUCCACAUAACCAAUUGUUGAGGCAUCCCCAUGAAAGAGAAAUGUUGUUAUUUUAGUGAAAUAUUCCCAAACAAUUCUAUCAUAGAACCUACAGCAAAUUUUCCAGAUUAAAAGCUUACUCUGCAGACUUUUUAAGUAAACUACUGGGGAAAGAAUAUAUAGAUAUAUAUUUUGUAUGAUUUAGAUAUUAUCAGAGAGAAAAUAUUUGAAUUAUUUCCCUGUCCCAUUACAUUCAAUAGUCUAAACUGUCUAAUCUUUACAAGGAAAGUCAAGCAUUCAAUCUGGAAAUAGAGAUUUUCUGGAAAUAUUUUGCAAAUUUUAUGCAAUUAAGUCUCAUUAAGAAAAAAAUAUGUCAGCCCAAUUGUUUGGAGUCAUUGUGCUGAAACAUAUCAUUUGGUGAACCUUUAUGUAAGAUCUAGACUGUAAAUGGCUGUGAUGACCAAUAAUGUCUUCAAUGAGCAGUAGUGUUUACAUUGUAUAUUAAAUAACCAGUAAGGCUGGCUUAAUACUUCCAUACCAACUCAUGUCCCAAACCAGCGCUUCCCAUUUUUGAUUAAGAAACCUGGCCUCCAGUGAGAUCAGAGACUUGAAGUUCAGUUCUAGAUUGGAACUUUUUCCUUUUUAAAUUACAAAAAAAUAAACAAAUAAACAGAUUGAUAAAUCAGUGGAUUUGAAAAGUAUUCUGGAUAUGAAACCAACACACACACACACUCUCUCUCACACACACACACUCACACACAAAAUCAAACAAGAAAACCAUUCUGUGCAACUACCAGAUCUGUGGAGCUGUUUCAAAUGUAUGUGUACUGUAAUUGUGGUAAAUAAGAUGACAAAUGUAUAUCAGAAAUUUUAUCUUUAACAUAUAAUGUGAUACAUAAAUAUAUCAAACAAUAAAGAGAAACCAUAAUAA